AUGGAAAGUGCAUCAAUCCAAGAAAUCGUGCAAAAAGGCUGCCGUUUAGGCGAUAUUCCGCUAUUAAAAGAAGUUUUUAAAUCUCAUCCUCAAUUUCUAAACCAAACAGACACUCAGCUUGGCUGAACACCUUUAUACCGCACUGUUAUAUGUGGCCACGAGUCUGCAACUCGAUUAUUAUUGAACCUCGGCGCAGACCCUGACGUGAAGUCCAAAAUAGGUGAAACCCCGCUCCAUCAGGCUGCUUAUAACAGCCAAUACUCUAUCGCCAAACUUCUACUCGAUUACAAGGCAAAUCCAAACGCCCAGCAAAAUGAUGGCGACACUCCUCUUCACCACGCAGCUUUCAAAGGUGAUUUUUCAAUGGCGAAAUUACUAUUAAAGUACAAUAGCAGUCCAAAUAUCCCAAAUACAGUUUUUGGUAGGACUCCUUUACAUUAUGCAGUGGAUUAUGGUCAUUCAAAAAUAGUAAAACUAUUCAUAAAACAUAAUGCGGUCACUGAUAUUGAAGAUAUUGGUGAAAAAACGGGUAAAUAUGAAUUUACCAAUGUGAGUAAAUAUGAAUCUUUUUACUAAAAAAUGACUGUAAUUUGCCUCAGGGUUUUAAGGUGUUAGGGUGUUAGGAAAAUUCAUGGUUUUACCGAAAAAACGCCAAUGGAUCUGACGACCAACACUGAUAUGAUUUCUAUCCUUCUAAAAUCAAAGGAGCCUUCAGAACUGGCAAGCUCUAUAGAUAACUCAUUUAACUCUAUUUCAAGUAUUGAUGCAAAUCCGAACUACUCUCAGCAGUUUAAUAGCAAAUUUUCCUUUAUUUCUCAGACUUCAAAUUAUAAUUAUGAAAAAGGCUUGGAUUUAUAUGAAGAAAAGACUGAUAAAUAUGCAGAAAAUACUGAAAAAACGCUUGAUGUAGCUAGCAUCCCUUAUCAUGGUAGAAGUGUAAGCUCUUUAUUUGAGCCAGACGCAGAAAAAUCAUAUAGUGAUGUAAGGCCUUCUAAUCUAUUGACAGACAGAGCAAGAAUAAUCUCUUUUGGUGGAAAUGAUAAAAAAUCUGCCCUCUAUAGCUGGAUUUCCAGUGUAAAGCUUGAAGGGAUUUUUGAUACUUUAAUAUCUGGCGGAUAUGACGAUUUAGGCCAAAUGAUAGCCAGUAUGAAAACUUCGCUUCCAAUUACAGAAAGAAUGCUUUCAGAAAUAGGAAUCAAAAAACCUGGGCUUAGAAGACGGCUUCUAGCCGCAUUAGAUGAAGAAGCCAAAUCCUUCCCUAAAAAAGGAAAAACCCAAGAAAGCAACCCUUUCCAAUGCUGGGCAGCCUCAUCCAGUAACACAGGUCUGAUUAAUUUACAGAACCUCAAACAAUGACUCGAGAAACUUAACCUUUCUCACCUACAUAAGUCCUUUGUAGACGCAGGCUACGACGACAUGGAGCAUAACCUCGCCCUCAUGAAUUCCAGCUGGUUCAUAACUGAUGACAUUUUACUAAACGACAUAAAAAUCACAAAACCAGGACAUAGGCACAGGAUUUUAUCAAAGCUUAAAGAAGAAUGCAUAGGCUUUGAAACGAUGAAGAAAAAUAACGGAAGACCGAGCUUCAAAAAAUGCGCAGAAGGCUUAAUAAUUGAAAAAUCGUCCACUUCUUCGGCUUGUGGGAUGUGCUUGCUAAUGUAA